CUAAUCUAAAACAUUUUUUCAUAUCUCUUCUCCAAUUCUUCCUAAAUCCUAUUCUUAACUCUCUACUCUCUAAUUCUCUUAUUCUCCAAUAUAUUAUAUUUAUUAUUUAUAUAUCUACUUUAUAUUAAUUAUCUACUUAUAAUUUAUAAAUACAUACAUUAUAAUAUUAUAUUACUUAUGUUUGUUAUCUCAUUAUAUAUUACUUAUACAUUUAUUAUAUCUAUUAAUAUAGUUGGAAUUAUAUCUAAUUAAUUUGAAGUCAUUCUAUUACUCCCAUCCGAAAGACCGAAAGUCCGAAAGAGGUACGAAAUCAUUCUAUUAUUUACACUUGUUUAAUUUUGUAUUAACGUUACUUGAAAAAAAAACUAGUUAAUUCUCAUAAAAGUUAAAGUUAAACUAUAACAAUUUGAUUGUUAGUAAAAAAAAAAUAGGUUGUACAAAAAACUAGUCGUAAUUCUCAUUAUAGUUAAAGUUAAAGUGUAUUAAUUUCAUUGUUAGUAAAAAAAUAGGUUGUACACAAAACUAGUUAAUUCACUAGUUAAUUUGAUUAAAGUAAACUUUAAAAUACUAAUUUGCUAUAACUCGAAUUAUUAGUUAGAUUAAUAGUUAAUUACUUUAUUACAAUUUUUUUAUUAAUUGCUACAUUUGACUCUAGUUUAAAAAACUAGUUAGUUCUCAUUAUAGUUAAAGUUAAAGUAUAUUAAUUUCAUUGUUAGUAAAAAAAAUAGGUUGUACACAAAACUAGUUAAUUCACUAGUUAAUUUGAUUAAAGUAAACUUUAAAAUACUAAUUUGCUAUAACUCCAAUUUUUUAUUAAUAUAUUUUUAUUAAUAUAUUUGUUGCAAUUUAAUAUUUGUUACAUUUUUUAGAUGGAUCGUCCUAGAUAUUCGGUUGAUAUGGGUAACCUCGAGCGCAACCGAACGAAAGAGCUUGCGAGGAAGAGACCCCGCAAAAGUAAAUCACAUAUCGGCUCUUCAUCUCAAAGUCGAGAUGAUUUUGAUACGGGUUACACAAGGAGGGAUGGAGAUGCGAUGACCGACGAACAACUAGAACAAGAAUUGCACCGACAUAAUUCCCGCUUUUUUCAAGAUCAACCGAGGACCAUUGACGAAGAAGAGCUUGAGGACGACGAUGUGGAGGAAGUAAUUCCGGAGAGCCACGACGACGAGGAGGAGGAGGGUGGCGGCAGCCAUGACGCCGACGAGCCUGCCUCAUCCCAAACAGGUACGAAAAAAAGUAAAUCCGAACUAAGGGCUAAUAAUUUUUCUAAGUGGAAGGACACGAACACCGGGAAUUGGACCGCAACUUGCAAUUGGUGCAAGAAAAACUAUAGCUUGGGGAUUUUCGGCGGAUACAGAUCCGCCACAAGACAUCUUAAGUCCAAACACCCGGUGGAGUAUGCAAAAUUAGGCGGUGGAACGGGGAAGCAAACUCAAAUAUCGAGGUUUGCAAAUAACCAACAAGCUUUUGGUAAUUUCUCAUACAAUGAUGCACAAAAUUUGACUGGUAUGGCUAACUUACUUGUUGAAGAAAAUUUACCUUAUUUGUUUUCUGAAAGUCUUGCUUUUCGUGAUUAUGCACAAACUUGUUUAAAUCCGCAAUAUAGAGGUUAUAGUCGCAAAACGGUUAAGAAAGAAAUUUCAAGGCUUUAUGAUGCGGAAAAGGUAAGGUUACAAAAUUAUUUUGCAAACUUUGAUGGGCGUGUUACUGUAUGUUCUGACAUAUGGGAAGAUACUUAUCAUAAUUUACAUAAUUUGGGUCUGACUGUACAUUAUAUUGAUAAUGAUUGGCAUAUGCAUAAACGUGUUCUUGCUUUCCGUGAAUUUAAUGAUCGUCACACCGCUGAACAUAUUUAUAUUUUGAUUGAGCGUAUUUUAAUUGAGUAUAAUUUAAUUGAUAAGGUGUUUGCUAUUGUUUUUGAUAAUGCUACUAAUAAUACUGCUGCUAUUCCUAGAUUGCGUGAAUUGUGUGGUUCUACUUCUUUGAUGAGUAGAUUUUUUCAUCAAUGAUGUGCAUGUCAUGUUCUAAAUUUAUGUGUGCAAGAUGGUCUAAAAGCGUUGGGAGCAUUGUUGGAGGUAGUCAAGGGGGGGAUUAGACGUAUUUGGGGUAAUGGACAACUUAGGAAAAAAUGACAUGAUUAUUUGAUAGAAAGAAGUGAGAAAUAUGUGGCUUUUCCUAAAGAUUUGUCUAUUCGUUGAAAUAGUACCUAUAAGUUAAUUGGAGUUCUUCUUAGAUAUAAACAACAUUUUCCUGCUUUUAUGAAACAAUAUGAUAACUAUAUUAUAAACUCGGCUGAGAUCGACACCUGUGAAAAAAUUUGUAAUGCUUUGAUAUAUUUUAAUAAUGCAACUAAAACUUUUAGUCAUGUUUAUAAACCUACCUCAAACCAAUUUAUUCGUGAAGCUGUUAAUCUCGCCGGUGUUUUUUCAAUUUUUGAGAAUGCUGAUUAUGUGAGUUAUUUUGCUAGUUUUAUGAAGGAAUUUUUUAAAAAUAUUAUUCACAUAUUCCGCAUAUUUAUGGUAUUGCAUUUGUUCUCGAUCCUCGUUUUAGACUUGGUUCUUUAGAAAAAUGUUUGAAUUAUUAUUAUGCUGCUUUUUUUGGUCCAUUGCCAAUGUAUGAGGACAACCCAAUUGAUCCGAAAAAAGAAUACAGCGAGGUUAGUGAUAUAUUUUAUGCACUAUUUAAUGAGUUUCAUGCACAAUAUGGCAAUGCGCCCCUCCCCCGACACAAACAUCAUCUAAAGAAAAAUCAAUUUUCAAAUCUACAUUUGCCAAUCUUAUUAAAAAACGAAAUCAACUCUCGCUACGCAAUAAAGCACAAUUAAUGAGAUUUCUUUGUAUUUAACAUAUGAUGUUGAUUUCGAAGAAGAUGAUUUUGACGAACUAAACUGGUGGAAGGGAAAAGAAAGAAUGUUCCCGGUUUUAGCAAAGAUGACUAAGCAAGUGCUAUCAAUGUCGGUUUCAACGGUUGCCGUGGAACACGAAUUUAGUUCGACCGGCAAUGUCCUAACGCAAUGUAGAACGAGGUUGAGCGCAGAAUCUCUUGAGAUGCUUAUAUGCUACCACGAUUGGUUUAAAGCGUCCCGUAGAGCUCAAGAAAUUGACAUCACCCCAUCCCAACACUUUAUGGAUGAAUCUACAACCGAGUGUGGCUCUGCCUAUGCCGGAGAUUCCGAUUGAAUGAUUGAUAAGUAUUUCAUGUUUUAAUUUUAC